GCAAAAUGGCACUAAUAACGACUUAUUGGGGCCUAGACGGCAUGAUCAUUCUUACGACUUUCAUAAUAACUGCCUACCUUUACAUGACACGCAAAUUUAAGUACUGGAAGAAACGGGGUAUUUUAGAAAUAACACCAAUGCCUUUCUUUGGCAAUUUCAAGGAGUGUCUAUUCCAAAAGAAAGCUCCGGGAUAUUUUCUGAAGGAUCUCUACGAAGAAACGAAGGACCUACCUUAUGUGGGCUUCUACGUGUUAGACAAACCCUUCUUGCUAAUUCGCGAUCGAGAACUCGUUAAAAAUAUUUUAGUGAAAGAUUUCAAUUAUUUCUCUGAUCGAUACAACACGGCCGAUCCGGUCGAUCGCAUAGGUUAUGCAAAUCUCUUUUUCAUAAGGAAUCCAGCCUGGAAAGUAGUCAGAACGAAACUCACGCCAUUUUUUACAUCUGGUAAAAUGAAGAAAAUGUUCGAUUUGAUGUUAAUAUGUGUAAAGAAUUUAGAUGAGUAUCUUGAUGCACUAGAAUUGGAAGGUAACGGAAAGACGAUAGAAGUGAGAGAAUUAACUGCCAAAUUUGCUACGGAUAUUAUCGGCAGUACCGCUUAUGGACUCGAUGUGAAUUCGUUUAAAGAUCCGAAUGCAGAAUUCCGCAAAUACGGCAAGAUGAUAUUUCAAUAUGAUACAUAUCGCAGCUUUGAGAUGCUCGCAAUAUUUUUCCUUCCAGCCAUAGUCCGUUUGACACGAAUAAAGAUGUUCGGUAAAGAGCCCACUGAUUUUAUGCGUAAAGUUUUUUGGGAGACAUUAACUCAACGUAUGAAAUCUGGUUUAAAGAGGAACGAUCUUAUUGACAUUCUUCUUGAAAUAAAAAAUAAUAAUAAUAAUGAUCAAGAUCUUAAAGAUUUCACAUUUGAUGGUGAUGAUCUUUUGGCACAAGCAGCCAGUUUCUUCUCAGCUGGUUUUGAAACCUCUUCAACGACUACAACGUUCGCGUUGUAUGAACUCGCGAUGCAACCUGAAAUACAGAAAACUCUGCAAAAAGAAAUCUUCGAGGCACUUGAGAAAUCCAAUGGAAAAAUUACAUACGAUAUGGUCUGGUCAUUACCAUAUCUCGAUAUGGUAGUCUCAGAAAUAUUGAGAAUGUACCCGCCAUUGGGAUAUCUAAAUCGCAUGGCUAUGCAGACUUACAAAGUGCCAGAGUUCAAUCUUGUAAUUGAGAAAGGUACACCGGUUUAUAUUUCAAUGCUUGGUCUACAUUAUGAUCCAAAAUAUUUCCCCAAUCCCAAUAAAUUCGAUCCAGAACGAUUCAAUGAGGAGAACAAACGUAACAGACCACCCUGUGUUUAUUUCCCAUUCGGUGAAGGUCCACAUGCAUGUAUAGGCAAUCGCUUUGGGCUCUUGCAGACGAAGCUAACAAUACUAAAGAUCUUGAGCAAGUGCGAGGUAACACCAUGUAAAGAAACUUCGAUACCAAGAAGCUGCGAAAUGGCGCUCAUAAUGGACUACUGGGGACUGGAUGGCAUAAUAAUUUUAACAAUUAUCAUUAUAACCGCUUACCUUUACAUGACUCGCAAUUUUAAGUAUUGGAAAAACCGAGGUGUGUUGGAAAUAACGCCAACACCUUUCGUGGGCAAUUUUAUGGAAUGUCUGCUUCUAAAGAAAGCUGCGGCAUAUUUCCUAAAAGAACUGUAUGACCAUGCAAAGGGUGAACCUUAUAUAGGUUUUUAUAUUCUCGACAAACCUGUCUUAUUACUUCGCGAUCGUGAAAUUAUCAAGAACGUCUUGAUAAAAGAUUUUAAUACUUUCUGUGACCGAUACACCAAGGGUGAUCCAAAAGACCGUAUUGGAUACGCCAAUCUCUUCUUUAUUAAAAAUCCUGCUUGGAAAAUUAUAAGAACAAAAUUAACCCCAUUCUUUACAUCCGGUAAACUGAAAAAAAUGUUUGGUUUAAUGUUAGAAUGUGGAAAUCAUUUAGAUGAGUAUCUUGACUCACUAAAAUUAGAUGGUAAGGGACAAAUAAUAGAUGUGAAGGAUAUAAGCUCUAAAUUAACCAUGGAUGUGAUCAGCAGCACUGCUUAUGGACUUGACGUGAACACGUUCAAAGAUUCAAAUCUUAAUUUUCAGAAAUAUGGCAAGAUGAUAUUUAAGAAUAAUUAUGUACGCGCUUUGGAGAUGCUCGCAAUAUUUUUCCUUCCAGACAUAGUUCGUAUAGCUCGUCUAAAAGUAUUCGGUGCGGAGACCACUGUCUUUUUGCGCAAGCUUUUCUGGGAAGUAAUAACUAAACGCAUGGACUCUGGCGAGAAAAGACACGAUCUCAUCGAUAUUCUAAUUGAGCUAAAGAAAAACAGUCAUGAUGAUAGAAUUGAAGACUUUGAAUUUGAUGGAGAUGAUCUCAUGGCACAAGCGGCCAGUUUUUUCUCAGCUGGUUUCGAUACGUCCUCAGUGCCUGUUGCUUUCACGUUGUAUGAACUGGCAUUACAUCCUGACAUUCAGAACACCCUAAGAAAAGAAAUGCACCAAGCGCUCCACAAUUCCGAUGGAAAAGUUACUUAUGACAUGAUUAUAUCGCUACCAUACAUGGAUAUGGUGAUAUUGGAAACUUUGAGAAAAUAUCCACCAUUGGGAUAUCUAAAUCGUAUGGCUAUGCAGACUUACAAAGUGCCAAAGUUCAAUCUUGUAAUUGAAAAAGGUACCCCGAUUUAUAUCCCAAUGCUUGGGCUACAUUAUGAUCCGGAAUAUUUUCCCAAUCCUGAAAAAUUCGAUCCAGAGCGAUUCAGUGAGGAAAACAAAUGUAAUAUGCCAUCAUGCAUUUACUUCCCUUUUGGAGACGGUCCACAUGCUUGCAUAGGUACUCGCUUUGGACUUUUACUGAUAAAACUGACGCUCAUUAAAAUUUUAAACAAGUAUGAAGUAACACCAUGCGAAAAAACUAUGAUGCCAAUGAUUAUUGAUUCAGCAAUGGCUAUGACAGCACCAUUAAAUGGCAUAAUAUAUCUCAACAUGCGGAAAGCUAAUAUCGUUAAUAAUUAA